AUGUCAAUGAAAGCCAAAAUUAAGUCCUUUUUCGGAGCCAAGAGGCAAUAUGCCGUGGCUGGUGCUUCUAAUAAUCCUUCGAAGUUUGGGUACAAGAUUUUGAACUGGUAUGUGAAGCACAAUUUAUCCGCUAUCCCAAUCAACCCAAAGGAACAGGAGAUAUUAGGCCAACCAGUUGUGUCUAAUGUCACUCAAAUUAUCAAAGCUAUUGAAGAGCAUAAAGAUUUAAAUCAGUAUAAAACUGCUAGUGUUGAUGGUUUGAGCAUCUCGUUCUUAACUCCCCCACCAAUAACUGUGUCAACGUUGAAAGAAAUCUCCAGUAUUGAUGGCUACAAGUCGGUGAUUAAGGGAUUAUGGUUCCAACCUGGUAGCUAUGACCAAGAGGUAUUAGACUUGGCCCAGCAAUUGGGAGAGUUUGACAAGGUUAUCGAAGAAGAUGAGUGUAUCUUAGUCAGAGGUGAAGAGGGCUUGCUUUCGGCAAACUUGUAA